CGUCACAGACACCAAAUUUUGCUCAAGUUAACCUCGCUUGGUCUAAAGGAGAGCUCAACGUGGGGAACGAAGCGACGGCGACGAGAACCCGAUUCCGCGCAUACAGAAGCCACGCACUGCAUCCCCCGCCACCUCCGCCUCAACAACAGCAACAAGAGCACGUUCCUCCCGCCCAGAGCUCCAGCAAGCGCCGUGUCCCCAACACGUAGCUCGAUGCACUCGACACCGACCUCAAUCAACAAGUCACCGGCGAUGCAACCGCAGCGUCCGUCCUCACAGACGAACAUCAUGCCCCCUCCGUGA